CAUACUUUUCAAACAAAGAGAGGGCAUUUUAAUAAUUUCGUGAUCCUAGAGAGUCGCUAUAAGAGGAGGAGAAGCGAUUCGAUGAAAUGCAGAGAAGAAGAAGAAGAAUGGGAAAAGUAAGUGUGUUUGUGGUGUUUGUGGUGUUUGUGGUUUGUGUUGUGGGUUUGGUCUCAGCUCAGAGCGCGAGCAAUGUGAGAUCUACGUAUCAUUUGUACCAACCUGAGCAGCAUAACUGGGACUUACGCGCAGUGAGUGCUUAUUGCUCCACUUAUGAUGCUGACAAAUCCUUCGCAUGGCGCAGCAAAUAUCCUUGGACUGCUUUCUGUGGACCCUCUGGCCCUCAGGCUGAACAAGCUUGUGGCAGGUGCUUGAGGGUGACAAACACAAGAACAAAUGCUCAGAUAACGGUGAGAAUUGUUGACAAGUGCGCGAACGGGGGAUUGGAUUUGGAUAUUACUCCAUUCCAGAAGAUAGACACAGAUGGGAAUGGCUAUGCUCAAGGUCAUCUCAUUGUUAACUACGACUUUGUGGACUGUGGUGACUGAGCGCUUCUUAUAGUUAAUUACCUUAUGUAUGUUCUACUCGGUCACACUAAACUCAAUAAAGAAUCAUGUAGAAGUGCGUUAUUUCUGAUAACGAUAAUAAAAUAAAUAAAGGGAUGCCAUUAUAAAAA